GUGUAUAGAGAUAGACUGCACUUAGAGAUUAUUAAAGGACGGCUGCCUUCACUGAAGUCGGUCAUAAAAUCUAAUCAUGGACCCCCAUACCAGUGCCCAGGACGUGAUGCGAUGUAACCUGUGUGAGACCGCUUUGAUACAAAUGCACUGUAAUACAUGUCUUGUCAACCUGUGUAAAGCCUGUGUGGGAGAACAUGUUUCAGCUGAUCUCUCAAAACCUCAUAAAAUUGUUGACUUCAAGGACAGGAAAUCUACUCCCAUCCACCCUAAAUGUAAAUCUCAUAACAAAGAACGAUGUGAUAUGUACUGUAAAAAAUGUGCCAUUCCUGUCUGCAGCAACUGCCUUGAAUCUAAUCAACAUUUAGGUCAUGAAUUAUCUAAAAUCUUGAGAGUUCUGAAUGAAAAGAAGGGAUUGAUUAUAAAAGAAAGAAAGAAAUUAAAUGAAACAAUUUAUCCCAUGUACCAAAACAUUGCCUCUGAUGUACAAAACAGAAUGAGUCAGUUAGAAAAGGAAUAUGGAGAUCUCUCAACAGCCAUAACAAAACACGGAGAGGACUGGCACAGAGAAAUUGACAAACUUGUCAAGAGACUUAAGGCUGAAGUUGAUGAGAUGAAAAACACACAGUUACAAACUCUACAGAAACAUCUGGAUGAAAUAAACAAGAACAUUUCUGAAAUCAAGGAUGAAAUAAAUUCAAUGGAAACUGCAAUAGAUACCAAUGACAUGUCAAAACUAUUAAAUGUCAUGUCAAACCUACACACGUACAGAAAUCUUCCACACAAAAUUAUACCAUCUGUACCUAAAUUCAUUCCAGGAAAAAUCCAAGGGGAAGAACUUAGUAAAAUGUUUGGAGCCUUAUCAUCAAGUUCUUUAACAUCAGAAAAACAUGGCUACAGCAUGAAAACAACACAGAAAUCACCAGAAGUUAGAUCCUCUCCUCCAGUCAAACAGCUUCUGGAUGAACCAGAGACUGUCACAACCAUAGAUACUUGGAAUGAUCAACUUUACAACGUGGCAUGUCCGAGUGAUGAAGAAAUCUGGACAAGAGGAAAUGAUAGAACCAUGAACCUCUACAGCAUCAAUCAGGGAUCACUACUCAAGUCAAUCAGAACCAAGUCAGGGAACAUACCAUACGACAUAGCAGUUACCAAAAAUGGAGAUCUAGUUUAUACUGAUUAUCAUGAUAGAACUGUGAACAUUGUAAAGAAUGAGAAGAUAGAAGAUGUGAUCAGACUACAGAACUAG